CAGCAGCCAAGGCAAGCUAAGCUAAGCUAAGAAUCUGUUGAUCAUGGCGCCCGCGGAGCAGUCGCCUGAUCAUGCCUACACCAUCGGCUACGCUCUGCAGCCCAGCAAGGUGGGCAGCGUCAUCCAGCCGCCCCUCGUCGCCCUGGCGGCCGAGCGCGGCAUGCGCCUGGUCGCCAUCGACGCCUCGCGCCCGCUCGCCGACCAGGGGCCCUUCCACCUCAUCGUCCACAAGCUCUACGACCGGCCGUGGCGCGCGCAGCUCGAGGCCUUCUCGGCGCUGCACCCCUCCGUCCCCGUCCUCGACCCUCCCACCGCCAUCGACCGCCUCCUCGACCGCGCGUCCAUGCUCGACGUCGUCCCCGGCCUCGGCGUCCCCGGAGUGGGCGUCCCGCGCCAGGUGGCCGUCCGCGACGCCGCCGCUCUCGCGGAGCCGGACCUGAUGCUCGCGGCCGCCGGGCUCCGCUUCCCGCUCAUUGCCAAGCCGCUGGCCGUCGACGGCAGCGCGGCCUCCCACGCCAUGUCGCUCGUGUACCGCCGCGAGGGGCUCCGCGGCCUCCAGCUUCCUGUCAUGCUCCAGGAGUUCGUCAACCACGGCGGCGUGCUUUUCAAGGUGUACGUGAUGGGCGACGGCGCCACCUGCGUCAGGCGGCGCAGCCUGCCGGACGUGCGGGCGGAGCGCCUCCUCCUGGCCGACGACCUCGUCCCUUUCGCCAACGUCUCCAGCCUGCCGCCCCCUGAGGACGCCGGCGACGCUGAUACGACGACGAUGUCCCCCACGGCUGGCUUUGUCGAGGAGGUCGCGCGCGGGCUAAGACGUGCGCUUGGGCUGAACCUCUUCAACUUCGACAUGAUCCGGGGAGAGAGCGGCCGCUACUACCUCAUCGACAUUAACUACUUUCCAGGGUACGCGAAGAUGCCAGGAUACGAGAUUGCGCUCACUGAAUUCUUCGCCAAGACGCUGGACCUGCAGAUCGAUCUUCCGCAGCUCGAGAACACAGCACCAAGCCUAGAUUGCAAAGUGCAAGAGCUCGAGUUUGCUCAGCCGGAGAUUUUUUCAUCGUACGUGUCGAGAGCUGCUAAAGGUUUUUAGAAGAUUGGGAGAGUUUUUAAGGCGCUCUCGCCUACCCUCCCAAGGGUGGGAGAAUAAGUAGAUCCUAACUAUCGAUUGUGCAAGGGUAGGGGAAUAAUUAGAUCCUAACCAUCAAUUGUGCAAGGGUAAAUUUGUCUACAUAUAUAUGGUAGCCAUAACGA